AUGUUAUAUGAAGAAAUUUCAAAUGAUGAUAAUGAAUUAAGUAAAGCAUUACCACCACGUGAUAAUGAUUUACGUGUCAACAACCAUUCUAUGGUUGAUGAUGACAAAAAUAAUGAUCAAUCUGACUCGGUGAAGUAUAAAUCAUGUCAUCAAAAUAGAUCAGUUGAAGCAAGAAGAAGAAGAAAUCGUAAAAGAAAUGAUAUAUUUCGACGACGAAGAUUUCGAUAUGUUAUGACCCGUCCAGUUUAUCCAAGAUUUACAAUAAAGUCAAUCCGAAAAAUUCUUCGCCAGUAUGAUAUCUCAUAUAUACAUACAAAAAUCAAACAAGAAUUAUUAAUUAUUGGUGCUAAAAAUAAUAAAAUUAAAGAUCAAAAUGAACCAAAAUUACCAAUCAACAUAUUUAGUCGACACAAGGAUCCAAGAUUCACCGACGAAGCAAAGGUCUUCGCUCAAUUAAUUACAUCACUUCAAUCAUCAUCGAAUGCUGUAACACCUGAGUCGUUGCGAACAUUUUUCGAAGAUCUGUGUGCUAAAGCUAAUGAAAAACUUAUUGGAACAUUCAAUGGUAACCUGCAAGAGAAACAUGUAAUGACAAACUCUGCCGAUAUACCAAUCAAUGUUCAUACUCCAGCGAAUGCCAACAAAGAUAAAUUAGUAGUUUACUUUCAUGGUGGAGGUUAG